AUGAUCAGCAAGGAAGACGACCCUAUUGCACAGUAUGCCGUGCGUCGGGAACCGCCAGCGACCAGGAUCCUCACUCCAAUGGUCGGGUAUUGUCAGGAUCCGGCUGGGUUAGCGGCGCAGCAACCCCUUGGAGCGGCGUUAAAACUCAGAUUGAUUGCUCGGAAUGGAGGGAGGGAAGCAAAAGCCAUUGGCAUGCAUGCGGCAAAGGAGCAGGGUUCUCUGUGGAGGGCUUGGACGGCAAUCUGGGCCGACAAACGCUCCAUGCAGCUCGUGGAGCGCUACCACAGUAUGGGGGCAGUCUGA